UUACUGUUUUAAAUCCCACAGAAAAAAAUGACACAGGGACAGGAACAAAAAAAAUGAUCCAGAUGAUCUUCAACUUGUCGGAGAUACGUAAAAGUGUGGGGGAUUAUCGCCUGCUGACCAGUGCGGAGCUACGGAUACUCAUCAAGAGCACCAGCAUAGAAAAGGAGCAGCGGGUGGAGCUGUACCAGGGUCUGGGGGAAGCGCGUCGCCACCUCGUCUCCCGCUUCGUCUCCAAUCACUGGAAAGACAAGUGGAUGUCCUUUGAUGUCACUGAGAGCCUGCAUACAUGGCUCAAAGGGACUGACGAUGAGCAGGGCUUCGAACUUCGGCUGUUCUGUGAAUGCGGCCUGAACAAUUCCGAAGUCUUUGGUUUUAAAAUCUCCGGUAUUGACAACAGUAGGGGAGACAAAUCAACUAUGCAACUGUUGACAAAGCAACCACCCUACAUCCUGACCAUGUCCAUCCCUCAGAACAGCAGCAGCCACCUCACCUCGCGCCGAAAACGCUCCACGGACACCAAAGAUAUCUGUACAGCUACUACGGAGACCUGCUGCGUGCGAAGCUUGUACAUCGACUUCAGGAAAGAUCUAGGCUGGAAGUGGAUUCAUAAGCCGACGGGCUACAAUGCUAACUACUGCAUGGGGUCCUGCACCUACAUCUGGAAUGCUGAAAACAAAUAUUCUCAGAUUUUGGCCCUGUACAAGCAUCACAACCCAGGAGCCUCUGCUCAGCCCUGCUGCGUUCCCCAGGCCCUGGAGCCACUGCCAAUCCUCUAUUACGUGGGCAGGCAACACAAGGUGGAGCAGCUGUCCAACAUGGUUGUGAAGUCCUGCAAGUGUAGCUAAAAAAUAUGACAUGGCACACUGCUCCGCAUCCUUUCGAACAUAAACCGAGAUGUGUUUGAGGCCACAGAGAGGGGCAUGCAACGGAAACAAUGAGGUGAAUAAGGAGCAGAAUAAUGAGGACAUGGAGAACAACAAAUGUAAAGUCUUCAGGAUCUUUGUGGUCCAACCUUUUUCCUGAGAGCCACCAUUGUCAUGUUGAACGCACAAACCAUGGACUCCUUUUAUCCAUAUUCUUUUCUAUGUGUAUAUACUUUUUCCUUGCAGUAGUUGAAAUAUCUGUCUUAAAAUGAAUUAAUUUAUUUGUUGGAGGGACAGAUCUUUAAAGAAGUGAUAUACAUGUGUAAAAGUUGGACAGAUUUAAAGGAUUUUUAUAAAAACAAGAAGGAAGAAUUCCAAAGGAUACGAGGACCAAAAUGACCUUGAUGAUUGUCUGGGAUAAGUGGUUAUUUCCAUAUAAUCUUCCUAAUGGGGUCUCAGUUUAAGGUGCUAAAUCCCAGGUGCUGGGGUUUUCCUGGAAAACAAUGCCCCAGGUGUUUUUGGAGAACCGUAAAGGUGAACAGACAGUCCAGCCUGGGAACUCCCUCCAACCAAGAAUCUGGAUUCAUCAGCAAACAGAGAAGUCUUUCACGACAACCGUUCUUCAGUUUUACUUUUCUACAGCCCACGUGAUUUGUAAAAUGCUUUUUUAAUACAUAGUUAAAUGUCAGUCUGUCCUCAUGAAGCCUCCCGUGCUGUCAGAGCCAUGAGUAAUAUCAGUGGUUGUAAGAGUGAUGACACCUUGUUUUUCUCUCUCAGGAUUUACAGCCAGCUUGUUGUCUUUAGAUGGUGAGGGUCAGGGGCUGUGGUUGUGGUGUUGGUUUUAGGGAAGCCAUACAGACUCAAUACAGAGAUUUGUUUUUGUUUUUUAUAACGCCAUAGUAAGUUAUAAUAAGAGGCAAUGUAUGCCUUUUAUUCCAGGACAGUUCUUUUUCAUUUAAUCUGUAGUGUGAUGCUUUUCGCACAACUCAAGAACGAAUUCAGCUUGUUUUACACUUCAAAAAAAUACUCUUCUUGUAGUGCACUUACCAUUUGAAAUUUGUAUUUGUAAAUAUUUUAACAAUUUUAAAUAAACAUUGUUGUUAAAUUA